UUCUAGGGCUUUAGAUCUCCAGGAAUGAGUGAGAACUUAGAAGCCGCAGAGUAGCUCUCGCCGCUGUUCAUUUCUAUCAUUUUGGCGAUUCUUCUCCGUCCCGUCCAUUCCAUCGCUUCCUUUCUGAGAUCUAUCGGCCUUGUAUAAUGGUGAAUACGUGGCUUCUUAAAGAUGAAGCUACCGAGGAGAAAGGAGAUCGAGCGAGGAUGGCAUCAUUUGUUGGUGCCAUGGCAAUUGCUGAUCUGGUCAAGACAACUUUAGGGCCAAAAGGGAUGGAUAAGAUACUGCAGUCAACUGGUAGAGGACACAACGUCACUGUUACAAAUGAUGGUGCUACUAUCUUGAAGUCACUUCACAUUGAUAACCCAGCUGCUAAGGUCCUUGUCGAUAUUUCCAAAGUUCAAGAUGAUGAAGUUGGUGAUGGAACAACCUCUGUCGUUGUUUUGGCUGGAGAACUUCUUAGAGAGGCUGAAAAAUUAGUAAAUCUGAAAAUUCAUCCAAUGACCAUCAUUGCAGGCUAUAGAAUGGCUGCUGAGUGUGCACGGAAUGCUUUGCUGCAGAAGGCCAAGGAUAACAAACAGGAUCCAGAUAGAUUCCGAUCAGAUUUGAUGAAAAUUGCUAUGACUACCUUGAGUUCAAAAAUUCUUUACCAGGACAAGGAACAUUUUGCUAAACUAGCUGUGGAUGCUGUUUUAAGACUGAAGGGCAACACAAACUUGGAGUCUAUCCAGAUUAUUAAGAAGGCUGGAGGUUCCCUUAAAGAUUCAUUUUUAGAUGAAGGAUUUAUUCUGGACAAGAAAAUAGGAAUAGGCCAGCCCAAGCGUAUUGAAAAUGCAAAGAUAUUGGUUGCCAACACUGCUAUGGACACUGAUAAGGUGAAAAUAUAUGGAGCUCGAGUUCGUGUUGAUUCUAUGGCCAAAGUUGCGGAGAUUGAGGGAGCGGAGAAGGAGAAAAUGAGAGAAAAAGUGCAAAAAAUCAUUAAUCAUGGCAUCAACUGCUUUGUCAACCGGCAGUUAAUUUACAACUUCCCCGAGGAACUUUUUGCAGAUGCUGGUGUUCUUGCCAUUGAGCAUGCUGACUUUGAUGGAAUCGAGCGGCUAGCUUUGGUGACUGGAGGCGAUAUUGCAUCAACUUUCGACAACCCAGAGUCUGUUAAACUUGGACACUGCAAGCUCAUCGAGGAGAUAAUGAUCGGGGAAGACAAAUUGAUUCAUUUUUCUGGUGUCGAAAUGGGUCAGGCAUGUACUAUCAUUCUAAGAGGCUCAAGUUCUCACGUGCUUGACGAAGCGGAAAGAUCCUUGCAUGAUGCUCUCUGUGUGCUGUCUCAGACAGUUAACGAUAGUAGGGUCUUGCUCGGUGGUGGUUGGCCUGAGAUGGUCAUGUCUAAAGAGGUAGAUGAGCUUGCUCGUAAGACUCCUGGAAAGAAAUCCCAUGCCAUUGAAGCUUUUUCUCAUGCACUCCAAGCAAUUCCUACCAUCAUAGCUGAGAAUGCUGGUUUGGACAGUGCUGAACUAAUCUCUCAGCUUCGAGCCGAGCAUCACAAGGAUACAACUAAUGCUGGAAUCGACGUUAUAUCUGGUGGUGUUGGCGAUAUGGAGAAUCUAGGAAUAUCAGAGGCCUUCAAAGUAAAGCAAGCUGUGCUUUUGUCAGCAACUGAGGCCACCGAGAUGAUAUUAAGAGUAGAUCAGAUCAUCACUUGUGCUCCUCGAAGAAGAGAGGAUAGAAUGUGAUCUUGAUUCACUAUCACAGCUCAGGUUUUAAUCUUAAGUUUCAUCAUCAAUAGCAUGCUAGAAACUUGUUUUUAACGGGAUGCACUUUCAGGAGCAAUUGAACCAAUCUUCUACGUGACUUGUGUUUGUGUCUGUCUCGGCUGUUUAAUUUGAUGGAUCAACAUUUGUGUUUCUUAAUUUUGGCAAGGAAUUCUCAGUUGUGAUUAGCUAA